ACACAACUACACGAGGGGCAUGCGCCUCCUGGGAGAGACAGAGAUCUAAUCUAAUCAAUAGCCUAGUCUAGCGAAAUUAAGAGAGAAGAAGAAGAAGGGAGUGGCGUAGAAGAGAUCGAGGAGAUCGAGGCAGGAGAGGUUAUUAGUAUGAGCGAGGGCUUGAACCGCGACUACGAAGUCGGCGACGAGAUCGGGCGGGGGAGAUUCGGCACCGUCUUCCGCUGCUUCUCGCGCGAGACCGGCGAGGCCUUCGCGGUGAAGUCGAUCGACAAAUCGCUGCUGGCCGACCCCGUGGACCGCGCGUGCGCCGAGCGCGAGGCCGAGCUCCACCUCCUCGCCGCCGAGGGGAACCCGCACGUGGUGGGGAUCCACGACGCAUACGAGGACGGGGGCUCCGCCCACCUGGUGCUCGACCUCUGCCCGGGGCCCGACCUCUUCGACCGGAUCUCGGGGGGGCGCGCGCCGCUCCCGGAGCCGGAGGCGGCCGCGGUGUCGGCGGCGCUGGCCGAGGCGAUCGCGGCGUGCCACCGCCGCGGGGUGGCGCACCGCGACGUGAAGCCCGACAACGUGCUGUUCGACGCGCGCGGGAGGCUGCGGCUCGCGGACUUUGGGUCGGCGGAGUGGUUCGGGGAGGGGCGGGCGAUGCGGGGGGUGGUGGGGACGCCCUACUACGUGGCGCCCGAGGUGCUGGCCGGGGACGAGUACGGGGAGAAGGUGGACGUGUGGAGCGCCGGGGUGGUGCUCUACAUGAUGCUCGCCGGGAUCCCGCCCUUCUUCGGCGACUCCACGGCCGAGAUCUUCGCGGCGGUGAUGCGCGGGAACCUGCGGUUCCCGACGCGCGUGUUCGGCUCCGUUUCGCCCGCCGCCAAGGAUCUCAUCCGGAGGAUGCUCUGCAGGGACGUCUCCCGAAGGUUCUCCGCCGAGCAAGUCCUAAUGCAUCCGUGGAUUCGAAGCGGUGGAGUACCGGAAGCGACAUCAGUGGAGCAACAAAGCGCUCUGGAUCAAAAUCCUCUCCGAAGAUACAUAGCGACGGCGUGAUUCGUUUAUUUUAUAUACGUUAUUACUUAUUCAGUUCGCAAGUAUGUUUCACCGUCCGGGCCCCUCCCCUGGAAGAGACGCUUUGGUUUGAGGAAGUUGUAGGCCGUCGAAGAAGGGCGUAUGUG